CAGAAAGAAGAGCAAAGUUCGUCUGAAUGACCAACUCAUACCAAAGCCGAGUGAUGUAAAUAUGAUGGAAAAAAUGAUCAAAAUUGCAACACCAAAGCAACAUCCCUAUUCAUCCCAUAUCUCCAAGUUUGCAAUGUUCCCAUCCUACCGCUCUCCAGAUGAUCCUGAAACAGGAGUCAGAGCUGCUUCCAAACCUUUCCUCAACCCCCUGAUCCCAAACAGAGCACCAGAUGUCACUCUGCUGAGCAAAACUAUUGGUAGUCCAUUCAGACAUGAGAUCUUGGAGAACCCCAUUAACAACAGUAAGAAAGCUGUAAUGUGGACCGGUGAAUGCGGCUUCUUGGAACAUACAAAGCCACUAAAGGGAGGGAACCAGGUCUUCUACCCGACUCCUCCUAAGACAGUGCUGCCCAACCCAAAACUCCGGGACUGGGAUUUGGCUUUGUCAGAGCGGACGAGUAACAUGCUGAAAAACUUGGAGAAGUCACACCGGCUCACCUCUUACCAAAUAAACUACACAGGAUCGGGGCCAGCAAACCCUCUGAUGAUUGAUGAUUUCAAGGAAAAAAUGAGUGAUCCUCCCGGGAUGGAUUUAAUGCCACUGCAAAAGGAUGUCGAGAACAACAAAGGGGGUCUGAAGGGAGAGGAACCUUUAGUUCUGCUGCUGAACUCCCAAAUCUAUCUCAAUCUCCAAACCACGGCACUACUUCAGCUACUUCAAAUCAACCCAGGCCACUAG